UAAAAUCGAAAGAGUAGAAUCCAGGAAAUCAUCUCUUCACGACUUCCCACCAAAAAGAUCGGGAAAAGAAAUCCGAUUAGGGUUUACAGAGCACAAAUUUCGUGUUAAAAUCCCCAAUUUCCAUCAAUCGGGUCACCGCUCGAUCACGAGACGUCAUCUCCGGCUUGUUCCCGCCGUCCGAUCGGCCCUUUUUUAUCAAAAUUAUGUUGGUGGUUUCUUUUCUAUUUCAUAACCCAGUUGUCCCCAGAACAAUUUCUAUCAAAUCAAUCUCGUUCCAUUCCAAGAUUUAGGGUUUGUUUUUUAAAAGGAUUAUCAAAUAUUUUCAUUUCCUUUUCCUGCUUUGAUCAAACCAUACAAAUUCCGUGAAUUCGGUGGUUAGGGUUUGUAAUUUUGUGCAUAUUUAUAUAUUUUCUGUUGAACUCUGCGGCUAUGUAUAUUGAGGAAUUGAAGGUAGGGGGAGAAAAUAAGAGUUAUUGUGAAAGUAAUGAGGUUUUGAGCAUAGAAAGAAGUUCUGUUGAAUGGGAUGCGAAGAGGAUAUUGGUGGGUGCAGGAGCUCGUGCUCUGUUUUACCCGACCUUGUUGUACAACGUUGUUAGGAACAAGAUUCAGGCGGAGUUCCGGUGGUGGGACAGAGUUGAUGAGUUCAUCCUGUUAGGUGCUGUUCCAUUCCCCGCUGAUGUUCCGAGGCUAAAGGAGAUCGGUGUUGGCGGAGUAAUCACACUAAAUGAACCUUACGAGACUUUGGUUCCUACACCUCUUUAUCAUAAUCAUGGCAUUAACCAUUUGGUGAUCCCUACAAGAGACUACUGCUUUGCACCAUCUUUGACAUCAAUAUGCCGAGCCAUUGAUUUCAUUCAUAGAAAUGCAUCACAUAGGGAAACUACAUAUGUCCACUGUAAAGCUGGCCGUGGUCGCAGCACAACCAUUGUAUUAUGUUACCUGGUCUAUUAUAAGCAGAUGACACCUGCUGGGGCAUAUGAUUAUGUGAAGUCUAUCAGGCCAAGGGUGCGGUUAGCCUCUUCCCAAUGGCAGGCUGUCGAAGAGUUCUACUAUCUUAAAAUGAGAAAGGCUGCCUUCCACAGCCAUGUGAUGGAUUUAAUUUUAAGAACUUCAGACUCAGCAUCUUCACGAGACCUUGUGACUUUUGAUGAUGGUUCGGUGGUGGUGGUAACCGAAGCUGAUCUUGAUGGAUACGACCAAAGUCUUGAGCCAGGUGCCACGGGAAGCAGCAUAUGGGCAGAUCUUAGUGUAGUUUAUCGGGCUAGAGUUGUCGGUCAGGCGGCAUUAGCAAGAAUCUCAUGCUUGUGGCUAAGCUGCCAAGCACAUCAAAAGCUUUCAGCACAGGAACUUGCUCAGGAAAGCACCUGCCUCGGACGUGCUAUCAGUGUGGACAUCCAUGUCUACUGAAAACCGCUGUUACACGGCAUGUUGUGUAGGUACCGUGCCCCUUUUCAUCUUGUCUCGUACAUAAAUAAACUGCGAAUAAUGUUUCUUUAGGCCGAAGCAAACUAUGUUUGUUCUUCCCUUGUAAAUCGAGUACACCAUUUCUUAUGAAUGGAACAAAAAGAUGGAGCAUAACUGCUCAAGGAUCAAGUGUAUAUCAUUCUCAUAUUAUAUGCAAGUAUUUUGCCUGUCUUAA